ACUUUACAAUGAGACGACUGAAUAAAAUGCGAUAUAUUUAGUAGUUUUAAAACUGGCACUCCAGUUAUUGUUUCCUCAGCGUCACGACUUUUACUGCUCCCCUCUUCUGCAAUGUGAUUGAGUUCAUUUCCAUAGCAACCCCUCUGUCGGUAAUUACACACUGGACGGUCUGGUGACGGCGGGUCAGAGGUGUUCAGGGUUAGAUAUAGAGCCCCCUGGUUGACGUUUCUGGGUGAAUUAUAACUAAGGACAACUGAAGUACAUAAAAGUGAAGAAUGUUGGGGAAGAUUACAACAGAUCCACCUUACCUUACCAUCGAUAAUUUCGAGGACUGUCUGUCUUCUGAUGAUGUUCUGGUGCACUUCUUUAACGACUUCCUCAGUCUACCUUCGUUCCCUGAGUGUGUACAGUACAACCAGGAGACUGGUGUGUUUGAGGUGGUCAGUGAUGCAGCGGUGGCUCUGUCUAGGAGGAUCAGGUCAGCCCUGCAGUACUUUAAAUCACAACCUCUCACUGACCCAACAGAGCUGACUGCUAGACCUGUGGUGGACAACCACUACACUGUUCUGUGCUUGGACAGAGAACAGGGAGUGGAGUGGAUCCUAAAAGAAAGACUACCCUUGUUUAUUGAAAGUGACUGUUACUUCGAGUACAGGUUAGCGAAGCUGCUCUCUCAGUGGGGCCCUCAGGGCUGGAACCAGAAGAGGGAUGGUACCUCAGUCCAGCCCCCUGUCACCACAGAGCCUGUCUGUCCUUCCCCUGGGCCCGAUGACAGAGAGACCCUGAUGAAGGUCCUCUAUGUGUCACUGGGACAGGCCUCAGUAACAGACAUGUUGACACUGGCUAAGGACAAGGACAAGCAGCUGCCUGUCUGUACCCAGUCUGUGAGAACCCCUGUGUGCUCCCUGGGCCGGGAGGGACAGAGGGGUCCGGCCUCAGCCUGCUUCUCCUGCAUCCCUGACUCGGAGUCCUACGCCCUGUCCUCCUCACUCCUCGUCUCCUUUCCUCUCUCCUCCUCACUCCUCGUCUCCUUUCCUCUCUCCUCUUCACUCCCGGACUGUCCUCUCUGCUCUUCGCUCCCGGACUGUCCUCUCUCCUCUUCACUCCCGGACUGUCCUCUCUCCUCUUCACUUCUAGACUGGGACAAGAGACGGGGAGACCACAGCGCAGAGCAGGAGAUGAAAGUCUACCUCACAGAGACAGAGGCAAAGACAGAGAUAGAGGCAGGAACUACAGAUGAGGUUAAUGGGGAACCCAAGCCCCAGAGUCCCGCCUGUUCUACCACUGAUGAGGAGACGGUUGGUCCCCACACAGAGAGCCCCUGUGAGGGAGGUCCAGCCACCAGCCACAGCAGACUGAAGGAGCAGCAGGAGGAGGGUGGAGGGUCAGAGGAGGAGAAUGACCAUGAGUUCUAUGAUGUCACUGCUAGUAUCCAUGGUGAUAGACAGGGCCUUGGUGACUUUAAGGACUUCUUAAAGGGAACACUAGGAGAGAAGCUUUUGCGUCUGUGGAUGGAUAUAGAGAGACUGAAGACCUUACAGGACGACAGGAGGAGAAUCAGGCAUUUGGUCCAGAUGCGAAGCUGCUACCUGCUGACCGGUGGCCAGAGCAGUCUGAAUGGUGAGCUGUUGACCAGACUGGGUCUCUCUACCUCCCCCUGCUGGAGAGAGGACAGACUGCAGAGAGUUCAGCCCCGCGUCACUGAGGCACUGCUCUGCUACUGGGGUCCCAGGUUCAUGUUGUGUUCCAGGGGUCCCAGGUUCAUGUUGUGUUCCAGGGGUCCCAGGUUCAUGUUGUGUUCCAGGGGUCCCAGGUUCAUGUUGUGUUCCAGGGGUCCCAGGUUCAUGUUGUGUUCCAGGGGUCCCAGGUUCAUGUUGUGUUCCAGGGGUCCCAGGUUCAUGUUGUGUUCCAGGGGUCCCAGGUUCAUGUUGUGUUCCAGGGGUCCCAGGUUCAUGUUGUGUUCCAGGGGUCCCAGGUUCAUGUUGUGUUCCAGGGGUCCCAGGUUCAUGUUGUGUUCCAGGGGUCCCAGGUUCAUGUUGUGUUCCAGGGGUCCCAGGUUCAUGUUGAUGUUGUGUUCCAGGGGUCCCAGGUUCAUGUUGUGUUCCAGGGGUCCCAGGUUCAUGUUGUGUUCCAGGGGUCCCAGGUUCAUGUUGUGUACCAGGGGUCCCAGGUUCAUGUUGAUGUUGUGUUCCAGGGGUCCCAGGUUCAUGUUGUGUUCCAGGGGUCCCAGGUUCAUGUUGUGUUCCAGGGGUCCCAGGUUCAGGAUGAGCCGGAGAGCAGUAGAUCCUCUCAGACUGUCACUGUGGAGGAACGGACAGCUACACCCUCCCUCUGGUGUGAAACCUAACCCUCGUUACAUCAACCUCCAACCCCUCCGGCCUCACACCUCUAUCCCUCGACCUACCAUCCGCCCAGACACCUCUCUACCCAGAGACCUUACACCCACGCCAGCUCACACACAGACAGGUUAUGCCAGCAGCAGUCCUGUUGUAUGGCCCUGGAGGAUGGAGAGGAUGUUACAGGCUCUAUGUGUGGACUCACAGGCCGGGUUCUACUUCACACGGUUCUACUUCACACGUGAACACUCUGGAAACCCGCUGUGGGAGAAUGCCGUCCACUGCUGGUGUGAUCUGCAGCAAUACCACCAGCUCUUCUACCAAGAUGGACUGGAUCCCUACAGGGUACAGAGACAGGCUCAUUUGCUGUAUUCGACCUACGUGUGCAGUGCUGCCUGUAGUAGCAUUGGGGUGGAGGAGGAGAGCAGAGAGAGGGUGUACACCGGUCUCACUCCCCCGUUUGAGGAGCUGUUUGACUGGGUGGAGGAACACACUCUGACCCUCCUCCUGGAGCCCUGGACGCUGCUCACCACCAGGGACACAGACACCUUCCAGAAGGUGGCUGUACGGGAGGAGACUCGCCAGGUGGAGUCAGAGCCGUACGGAGAACUGAAGACGCUGUACGAGGAGGCUGUACACAGACUGGUACAGCAUGAUGUGGCCCAGGCCUGCAGGCCCCCUCCUCCACCACUAGAGGUCGCCAGGUCUCCAGCUAUGUGGUCUGCCGUCCCAGAGAGGUACAGAGGGUACAGAUUGGGCUCUCUGCUAGGACACCGCACGGAGCUACAACACUUCACAUCCUUCCUACAGGACAACACCGCCAGUAUACACCUGGCUUGCUGGCAGGACAUAGAGAAUUACAGGAGAAUCCCCCAUAAAGACAAGGCCCAGAGAGAGGACAAGUCCAGACUCAUUAAGGACAAAUACCUCAAUAGGAAAUACUUCUUUGGGCCUGACAGUCCUGCCACCAGACAACAACAGGAGGAGGUGAUGCGUCUGGCUGGUGGCUGGGGGAGACUGCUCCAUGACCGUCUGUGUGCUCCUGUCCUGGUGGACAUUCAGAGCAUCAUCAGGAACCACAUAGAAACAAGAUGGCUGCCUGUCUUCCUGACGACGCCGGAGUUCAAUGAGAGACAGCAGCAGAGAGUCAGGCCUCGGGGUGAAGACGGGGUGUCCGACCAUGUCUACCAGCGACACAGGAACAAGAGAGAGGUGUGGAAGCAGGUCAAGGGGACGUGGAUGACCUCUGCAGGGGAGAUCCUGGCUGUCCGGAGGGCCCUGCUCAACCCCGUCACGUGUCAUCAGUUCCGGCGCUUCGUCUCGCUGAAGGGAGACUUCCUGGAGAAUGACAUCCUGUUCUGGCUGGAGGUCCAGAGGUAUAAGGAUCUGUGUCAUUCCCACUGUGUGGAGGCUGUAGUCCAGGACAAGGUGUCCACCAUCAUCAGCUGUUUCAUCCAGUCCUCCGUCCCCCCAGCCCUGCAGAUAGACAUCCCCCCAGAGCAGGCAACACACAUCCUGGAGAGGAGGGGGGAGAUGGGGCCCUACGUCUUCAGAGAGGCUCAGAUGUGUGUGUUCAGUGAGCUACUGAAGCUGUGGCCAGAGUUCCUGUCGUUCAGCAGCGGUGUGCAGGAGGAGGAGGUGUUGCCGCUGUUGCAGAACAGCGUGAACAAACAGAGUGCUAAACUGCAGCGUCGCAGGAGGAGAGAGGAGGAAAAGGAAGUGGAGAGGAGAGCCCAGGAGGAAGUGGAGAGGAGAGCCCAGGAGGAAGUGGAGAGGAGAGCCCAGGAGGAAGUGGAGAGGUUUCCAGAGGAGCAUGAGGAGAAACACAAAGGACUACAGGAGAGCAGAGAGCUGCUUUACCCUAGUCAACAGUUGUCUUGGUCCUACUCUAAAUACAUGGUCGCCCUGGAGAGAGAGGAGGUGCUGCUGAGGAGACAGGAAGUCACCUCCUCCACUGGGACAGACUCGUCCUCUGCCCACAGUCUGAAGUCAAAGAGCAGCAGACACUCCCGACAGAGCCAACACCAGACCCAGCAGAGGACAGAGUCAACACCAGACCCAGCAGAGCUCUAACGUCUCCCCCAGCCAACACGAGGCCCAGCAGAGCUCUAUCGUCUCCCCCAGGACAGAGUCAACACCAGACCCAGCAGAGCUCUAUCGUCUCCCCCAGGACAGAGCCAACACCAGGCCCAGCAGAGCUCUAACGUCUCCCCCAGGACAGAGUCAACACCAGACCCAGCAGAGCUCCAACGUCUCCCCAAGGACAGAGCCAACACCAGACCCAGCAGAGCUCCAACGUCUCCCCCAGGACAGACAAUGGGCUUGUUUGAGUGGAAAUCCUGAAGCAAACCGACUGCAGACGAUCGUGGAGAAAUGAAUUCUGGGAAGGUGCAUCUGUUUCAGCGUUAAGUCUGAUAUUCACGUGCCUUUCCGACAUGGCAGUGUUGACAUUUUUCAGAAAAGUUGUUUGUUUGUAAUGUAGAAAUAAAUGUCUCUAUGCCCAUAUCACUGUAAA